AUGGACGUCUCUACUUGUGCACCCGCGACCCCCGUCGCCGGCGGCUCACUGCAGAUCACUGUUGUUGCCGACAGUGACUUCGUCAUCCAGCUCACACCAGCUGCCAAACCGCUCGUGGAGAAGACCACCAAUGCCGCGCCGAAGCGCACGAGGGUGGUGCAGUUCCGCGUCUCGAGGGCGGUGCUUCAGCAGCAUUCGGCAUUCUUUCAGACGAUCUUGGGAAGUCGUCCUAACUUGGCCAACGUCACAUUCGAAAACAAGGGCAAUGGCUUUGGCUACGCUCUCGAGAUCUGGCUUCGCGCUCUUCACAACGGAGCUCAUACGCUCCCCAACAACCUCAAGGCGACUCACAUUGAGCGCGCUUGGGUCGCCAUUGGCGUUGGAGAGCAAUUUGGCUUUGCUCCUCACCAUAUCGACAAGAUCAAGCCGUGGUUCCUAGAGUGCUACCAAAUUGCGCUCAACAACGGCGGCCUCACACCUUUUAUUGCUUGUUGCCUCGCCUUCCCUUGCAACGUCUUCAAUCAUGCCGAGGGCUUCAUGAAAUUGACCAAGUAUCUCGCGUAUCACACUAAUGGCAACAUAUUCACAAUCAACCCGUCCAGCUUCCAUGGACUCAACCAGGAUGCGCGUACUCUUGACGGCCCUCUUACUACGGCUCGAGCCCACAUCCAAUCCAUACUUGACAAAGAGCUCAACUUCGCACUUGACAAGCUUCACCAGGCCACUUGCUCUUGCCGCAAGGAGACCGCGUUCGACUACGUUGACGCUUUGAGGGCACUCGACUGCUGGCCGAUCGACCGCGCGGUGCAGAAGUAUCCGCUCGCAGAAAUUAUUGAUGAGCUCGAGAAGUUCGAGUUCACACCGAAGAGCAUCAAUUGCGAGUCCGGUGCCUGCGCUCAUGACUUCAAGGACUCCGUCAACAUCGCUAUUCGUAAGGCGAAGUUUGCAUUCGACGGACUUUGCCUGGACUGCAUGGAACGCAGCCAGAUUGAGCAUGUCGACGCUCAGACGCGCCAAGCUUUCCUUGACAAGAACUCCCCGUUCAAGGGCUGUUGGGACAUUGACUGUCGCUUCGGCCACGGUCGCGCUUCUUGGUAUUACUCUUGGAUGGGACCCUCUUCUGUGCGCCGUGAUAUUCUUAGCAGGUACCGCGAGGAGAAGAAGGCGCUUGGCAUUACCAAGGGCGGCCGACGUUCUCGACGUGGCCCUCGUGUCACCAAGGAUAAUAGUGUUGUCCCUAGUGCUCGCCUCGCAGCCAUGUCCGUCAAGACACAGGCAUCAGGAGGCAUGAAGAACACGACUAGCGAACAGGAGAACAAUGACCAUGAGGAUAAGUACGACCACGAUGCGGACGAAGAUGAUGAGUUCUUCGAUGCUGAGGACGCUUCUGUUGGAGGCCACACUGUUACUGACGAUGCUGAUGUGCUUGAUCACGACGACGUGAACUGA